AUGUGCCACAUUUUACAGGGACUCAUGGCUGACAGAGAAGCUCCUACGCCAAUGCUCACCACAGUUAUUAUAUUUGUGAUAUUUUGCACAUUUGCACCCACAUGUUUCGGCACAAACGUUAAAAUUGGUGUCCCGGAAAACUACGAUGGUAUUUUCCCAUGGUAUCUAGCCAAGCUCCACGGCCUGCCGGGUAAUUACAGUGAUCUGGUGGUAACAGGGGACGAUGAAGGGAUAUUUGGAGUGGACGCUCAGUUUCUGUAUGCUCUGAAACCACUGGACAGAGAAAAACAACCGUCCUACUCUCUGCAGGUGGCCUUCAGAACAUCAGUGCAUCGUCAGAGCUUCAACGUCGAAGUGUGUGUCAUCGACAAGAACGACAAUGUCCCCACUUUUUUAGAGAUGAGCAUGAGAGGCAGCGUGCAGCUCGGCCUUCUCAAAGGGAUCCCAUUCAUGCAGGUGCAGGCUCUGGACCGUGAUGACCGUAACACUCCCCAUGCUGAGCUGCGCUUCAGCCUCCUGGAGCAGACACCCAGGAUCCCCUCCAGUCAAAUGUUCUUCAUCGACUCCAUCUCAGGAGAGGUUUCACUCACAGAGGAAGGAGCCUCCACUUUGGACCCUGAGAUGUGUGGCCGUUAUAAACUCUCAGUGAUGGUGAAGGACAUGGCAGGGAAGGUGAAUGCUUUCUUCACCACUGGCAUCAUCACUGUUGAGGUGACAGGAAACACCUGGGCAUCACCUGACCCUGUGAGACUUCAGGAGAACCUCCCAGGCCCUUACCCCAUUCCUAUCUCACAGGUCAAAUGGAGUGGGAGUCAGGCAGAGUACAGUCUGGAGGGGGAGUUUCCAGAGAUGCUCUUCACGAUCAGCAGAGAAGGAGUCAUUUAUCUCAACGCGCCUCUGGACAGAGAGACACAGGACCAGUUUCAGAUUAGUAUUGUGGUCGAGCGCCCAGAUGGCAGAGAGAUUGCAAAGCCUGUGGAGUUGAGGGUGAUGGUAGGCGAUGCCAACGAUAACAGACCCACCUUUCCACAGGCACAGUAUCAUACCGUGGUCAAGGAGUUGGCUGCUCGAGGGACAGAAAUUCUGACAGUUCAGGCGGCUGAUAACGAUGAUCCAAAAACAGACAACGUGCGGAUCUUCUACCGUUUAGUUGGACAAAUCCCAGAGAGUCCUCGAGCUCUCUUCAGAGUGGAUCGUGACUCAGGGGUGAUCUCAGUCCAGGCAGACAGCAUGGAGGGCACAGCACCACAGUACACCCUCACCAUCACCGCUGAAGAUGCUAAAGGUCUGAACAGCUCGUGCACUGUAGUCGUGACAGUGCAGGAUGAGAACAACAACCCACCGGUGUUCUCGCAACAUGAGUACGGGCCUUUUCACAUCCCAGAGAAUGCUCCAGUGGGCACCACAGUGACAGCUGUGCUGGCGGGGGAUGCAGAUGUUCGAGGGGGAGACAGCUGGCAGGUGGACUAUCGUUUGGAGUCUGGAAAUGAGGAGGAGGUCUUCACAUUAGUGACAGACAAGCAGACCAAUGAGGUCUCACUCGUCCUUUCAAAGGUGUUGGAUUUUGAGCGCGAGAGUGAGUACAUCCUGGUGAUCAGUGCUCAGAACCCUGUCGCUCUGGUCCGUGGCCGAUACGGACCUGCAUCCACAGCGACAGUCUCUAUCUAUGUUGACGAUGUGAACGAAGGUCCAAUCCUGUCUCAGAGCCACUAUGAGGUAACAGUCAGAGAGGGGGAGGAACCAGGGCGGGUCAUUGCCACCAUCAGGGGCUAUGACCCUGAUUCGCAUCCAAUCAGAUAUUCUCUUCAAGGAGACACCAAGAAAUACUUUUCUAUAGGGAAGUAUUCUGGAGAACUAAAGACUGUGCAGGCCUUGGAUAGAGAGGAGAACAGCACAUAUACCAUGGAGGUCAUUGCAGUGGAUGGAAGGAACUCAUCCUUAUCUGCCUCCACCCUGGUGACUGUCCAGAUCUUGGAUGUGAAUGACAACAGCCCGGUGUUGGUUGGGGAUUAUUCCUGGAAGUACCUGUGUACGCCUCGCUGGGAGGACCAAGCUCUGGUGCUGGCCUCACGAGACAGCGACGGGCCACAGCACGGAGGGCGACUCAACUUCUCCCUACGCAGUGAUGUCAUAGUCAGACGUAACUGGAAGCUAACACCUAUUAAUGAUACUCACACCAACCUGUCUUUAAACAUCCCAUACCUGGCCCCUGAGGUCUACAUGGUGCCCUUCACCAUCUCUGACAGCAGCUCUCCUCCUAGGAGCACCUUCAUCAACCUACCAGUGACAGUGUGUCCCUGCAAUGUCAGAGGGAACUGCAAAAUGGCAGCCAAGCAGCUGCCAGGCAUGCCAACUAUUCAGUCUGCGGUUGGCAUCCUGCUCGGCACCUUUGCUGUCAUAGGAACCAUCCUCAUUGUCGUAUUUGUGAGGCUCUCAUACCAGAACCCCAAAGAGCCCAGUAAAACAAACCAGGAGAGAGUUCCCCUGAAGAUUUCUAUCUAAUAAGUUGGAUAUUGUGUUGUUUGUCCUGCUGUAUAUCAGGGCAAACUACACCAAUGUGGCUUUCAGGGCUAUCAGUUCAUUAAGUGACCUUGAAUGUCAAAAACAAAUGUAUAUCUCAGUGAGUGGAUUGAACUUAGGAUGUACACAAACCCCAAGUUAAAUUACAAGAUGUUUGAGAAAAGUUGAGAUUUUGAAUGUAUGUUAUAUACUUAGGCCUGUGCUGGGGACAAUGUUGAUGUUGGUUUAAGUUUUGAGUUUGUCAUUUUUUAUGCUCUGAACCUUUUCAUUUUCUUCAAACUUUCCCUGUAUACUUCAAGUGAGUACAUGGCUGUCAUUGGAAAGAAAAUUGAGGGAAAUGUGGAAUAAAGUUGUGUAACAUAAAACAUAAUUUUACCAUAAGAGCUAAUUUUCUUUAUGUUAGAAGUUUGAGAAUAAGGUCAUUUUAUUAUACUAACAAAAGUUUUAUUAAUUCAGUCUAAUAAAAAAGGGUUUAUUCUUAUUAUUUCUUUGUCUCAUAUUCUGACACCAAUGCUUUGUUGUGAUGUUCUCAGUAUGAACCUGUUAUUGAUAUUAGAUACACAAGCCUGGUCUUUAAACUGUGAUGCUUUAACCUUGAUCCCCUGAUUAUGAUAAACUGUUACAAAAAGAUGUUGUGAAACCCUAAAUCACAAGGAUUGCCUGUAAAUGCUGAAAUGUUAUUUAAUCUAACUUUCCACAUUAGCAGAAUUAAAAAUGAUGCAAGCA